CAAAUUCGAAAACAUAAAUUCCGUUAGGAAAUUCUCUCUUCGGCCUCUGUCGACACUGUGGCUGUGUGUGUGUGCGUGCGUGUCAAUUUUACAGUGCAAUAAAACUCCCCCUCUCCACCUUCAAUAACUGACGAGGACACGCGGAAGCGGCUAAAAGGCCAAACUUAUUUCCGUUAAGCGAAAGUCAAUUUAUUGUAUGAGUCAAAAAAUAGAAAGACCAGUGCUAUCGGGUCAACGCAUCAAGACCAGAAAAAGAGAUGAAAGAGAAAAAUAUGACCCAACGGGAUUCCGUGAUGCGGUCAUUGCUGGUCUCGAAAAAACUGAUGGCGACUUGGAACAAAUCUCUAAAUAUCUAGACAUCGCGGGUAACAAGCUCGACUAUCGUCGCUACGGUGAAGUUCUCUUCGAUAUAUUGAUUGCGGGUGGUCUAUUAGUGCCUGGUGGUUCCAUUAGUCAGGAUGGCGAAAAGCCGCGCACAAAUUACUGCAUCUUUGAUGCCCCCGAGAGCAUGGAAUCCAUGCGCAACCAUGAGCAGGUAUUUGUUAAGCUCAUCAGACGGUACAAGUACCUUGAGAAAAUGUUCGAAGAGGAGAUGGGUAAAGUUCUAUUAUUCGUAAAGGGCUUUACUCCAAGUGAACGCAUCAAGCUUGCGCGUAUGACUGCGCUCUGGUUAGUUAAUGGCUCUGUACCGCCAAAUGUGUUAUUGGUACUAAACAACGAGCAUCUGAUCAAGGAUGGCAUUGCACUGGAGUUUCUACUGGAGCUAUUUCAGACGUUCAAGCAAGAGAAGGGCAUUGCAUAUCUGAUUCAGGCGCUUAAGAAGGGUGGACUGGAAAGCAAACUUAUGGACUUUUUCCCACCAAACAAACGUACUGAGGAAUAUUUUAAACAAGUUUUUCUUGACAAGGAACUCAAUGAGAUCAUCAAGCUGCACAAGGCCCAGGCUAGCCAGGAGGCUAAGCGCGAGCUGCAGCAGACCCUCAUCGAUGAUAUCAACGAUGAGAAGGCACACAAUGAGAUAACCGCUGACAUUAAAGAGUUUUCGGCACGCAACAACAUUCCCGAUCAUGAGAUAAUUGUUAUUAUUUGGUCUACCAUCAUGUCGUUGGGCGAAUGGAACAAGAAGGAGGAGCUGGUCACCGAUCAGGCUGUUCGUCACUUAAAGACAUACUGCACUUUGUUGCAGGCAUUCGCCUCAACAGACCGCUCGGAAUUGGCCCUGAUCCUGAAGGUGCAGGAGUUCUGCUAUGAGAACAUGAACUUUAUGAAGGCCUUCCAGAAGAUCAUAUUGUUGUUCUACAAAACAGAGGUCCUCUCCGAGGAAAUCAUCUUGCGCUGGUACAAGGAUGGUCAUUCCAACAAAGGCAAAAUGCAUUUCCUCGAACAAAUGCGCAAGUUUGUCGAAUGGCUGCAGUCAGCCGAAGAAGAAUCCGAAUCUGAGGACGAACAAAAGAAUGGCGAUUAACACAUUUUUGGUUAACGAAAAAGAGCAUGGCUAGAAGGAACAACACAAACGGAGCCGCCUGUCCCAAAUCCAAACCAUCCACACACCAGACACACACACACACCACAGUGCUCUCGAUAGAUUUGCAUAGAUAGUCUCCCCAAGUCUUCCUCCACCCAAGUCAAUGGCGAAGAGAGAGAGAACUUCUAAAUUAUUGUUCAACAAAACUCACCCACAAUCCUCAAUCGUUCUCGAUUUGUGAAUGCAAUAUAUUUCUUAACUAUACAAACAGGAAACGGAUAGCAUUGUGUUAAUAAAGGUUUAAAGAUUUACAAUUA